UUACAUUGACAGCUUCUUUUGAACACUUUGAAGUUGUAAGGCUGGUAGCUUUGCUGCUACUAAGAGUGAACUAGUGGAUGUGUUUUACCGUAAAUACGGUGUAACAAGUUCAACUAUAAAAAAAAAUACAACACACUAAUCUGACUUGGAGAUAAAGCACACCAAAUUACUGCGGGGCGGAACUAAAAGCUGUUUCCAAAGUGUCCAGUUGACAUCCAAGAUGCACCGCGCACCCCGUCGUGACAUCAUUUUCCCCUGUCCAACAAUAACCAAAACAUGGCGGCGCCCAGUAACGCUGAGCUUCCGUCCGAACCUCCCUUCACUUUGAAAACAGAACACUCGUCACCAAGCUCCCCGGGAUUGAGCGAUUGGAAUCCAGUGGCUCUUUCAAGCCCGUCACCACCAGGACACCAUGGUUUGGGGCAGGGAAUUGGCACUAUGGGUCGUGGAUUUGGACUAGGACUUGGCGGUGGGGCCGCAUCGGGCUCUUUGCCCCCUUUUACUUCGGCCUGCCGUGGUAUGUCGUGGACUCCAGCUGAAACAAAUGCUCUUAUUGCUGUUUGGGGUAAUGAGAGAUUAACUGAGGCACGGUACCAGCAGUUGGAUGGAUCGGGUACAGUGUUCAGUAGCAAAGCCCCGGGUCCAGCUAUGUACGAAAGGGUCUCUCGGGCCCUGGCCGAGCUUGGUUAUGAGAGAACGCCGUCUCAGUGCCGUGAACGUAUCAAGACACUGAGGCGGUGUUACAGUCGAGUGAAGGAGCAUGGCCUCGGGAAGAGGAAGAGCAGUUACACCUUUGAACAGCUGGAGCAGGUGUUUGGACAGGGAGGAUGGGAACCCCAGCCCUGCCAGCCUGUAUUGAUCAACAGCAGUGGCCUUUACCAGGAGAUGGAGUCUGAUGGCAGCACCAUGGAGGAUUAUUCCCAGGAUGAAUGGGGAAACCACAACCAGGAGCUUCGUGGAUGCACUGAAACGGACCAGGAAAUAGAAGAAAUAAGUUUAAUGAAGAAAAAGCUGCAUCCAAGAAGGGAAUCCAGUGAAGAUAUUCAAAAUGUCGACCAGGAGAAGCAGUCUGAGCAGAGGAUCGCUAACAGGUGCGGCCAGGGGAUGCAAGAAAUGAUGCAGAAUGUUGUUCGGAUCUUGGAGGCAGUUCAGUUAAAAUGGGAACAAUUCCAAAGUUGGACAGACUUUUCAAGACUGCAUCUUUCUAAUAAACUGGCCAUUUUUGGUGUAGGCUACAAUACACGGUGGAAAGAUGAUGUGCGAUAUUAUUAUGCAGAAAUAAGCUCUCAGGUUCCCCUUGGAAAACGUCUCCGAGAAUAUUUCAAUCCAGAGAAACCAGAGGGCCGUUUAGUCAUGACCAAAGUACAGAAAAUGAACUGGAAGAAUGUUUACUAUAAGUACUUGGAGAUCACGAUAAGUGAAGCCCGUUGUUUGGAAUUGCACAUGGUAGUGGACUGGAUUCCCAUUGCACAUUCCAGAGCAGCUGGUGGAAACGUUGUUCAUUAUCUUCUACCAGGUGGCAUUCCUAAAUCCCCUGGUUUGUACGCUGUUGGUUAUGAAGAACCUGAAGUAGAACCACGCUCACCACGCAUGGAAUGUGGAGGUCGGAUUCUUUCAAGGUCCUCCUUGCGUUCAGACUCCAGCAGCCCUUCUGGGAACUCCACUGUAAAAGUAGAGUCUGAGAAUCUUGUUGACCAUCUACCAAAAAUCCAUUACUGCUACCUAGGAAUUGCAGAGGACAGGACACUUCAGCAGUGCUUGUUUCAACAUUUUCAGUCUAGCUCCAAGUCACAGGGGGGUAUCAAUGGCUUUUUAGCUGAGAACUGUAACGUGCAGCAGGGAACAAGCCCCAAAUCAAUUUAUAUAAAAUUUGUUGAAGUUGAAAGGGACUUCCUCUCUGCUGGGUCAUUAGUAGAGUGCCUCGAAAAAGCUGUUGGUUAUCCUUUGAAGUUCAACCUCUGACAUAAGUACCUUGAAGCCUGUCCUUUUGAAAAUAAGGAUUAAAACUAAAGACCCUGCCUUGUUCAGCUUAAUGUGGUGCUUCGAAUGGAGAGAGAGUCUGGGUUGCUGUAUGGGAGGCAGAAAACAGUUGAGUUGGAAUAGACUUCCCAGACAACUUGAUGAAAAUUUGUCUCUCUCAAAGUAAAACAAAAACUUGCCCAGAGCAAAUAAAAGUUGUCCACUGAAAUGCAUAGCAAAUCAGUUGGGCUUUGAUAAGAAACUGUUUACAGAGCUCUAAUUUCAGUAACUGUGAAUACAUUCCAUAUUGGUCACAGAGGAUUAUUUUAAUUUCACAUGAUGACAAAUGUUUUGCUUUUUAUUCUGUUUUUUUAUCACAGUAAAUUCUUGUUUUACAUACCCCUGUAUGCUGAUAUAAUAAUACACAACACAAUAAAUAAGCAAUAGUUAAUGGCAAGCAUAGUGCCUUGUGACAGAA